UGUCGCAGGCUCCUGGAAGGUUGCAAAUCAAGGUUUUCCAGGUUGACUCUUACGCCUUUAAACUUUCAGGCCUGAAGGUCAAAGGUCAGCGCGAGAAUGCAGACUCUUGCCUAUACUCUUUCUUCCAAGGAACUCACUGAGGCAGGGCCCGGGGGAGGGAGAGGGGGUAUUGACCUUGGGCCCUGAUGUUGUAUCGUGUGUAUGCAUGAACGUUCAGAUUUAUCUGAAUCGAGUUCAAGUCCAUGCUCUCUGCCCUGGCUUGUCAGCUGUGUGACCCCACCAAGCUGCUCCUCUGACUCUCCACUAUCCAUCUUUAAAUGGCACACUACUGAUAGCCGCCCUUCAGCAUUUAUAGGGGCAAAUGAAAUAACAACUGUGAAGUUGCCCAGUGCCUUGCUUGGCUUAGGAGAGACUCUUGGUAAAUGGUAGUUAUUCUUUCGAUAAUGAAAAUGCCAUUCUUGGAGAACAGGGGUGUCUUUGAGUGGCUUACAGCACCCAAAUCCCUUCAAUCAGCAGCUACCUAGGACACUCCCCCAGUUUAAUCACCACUUGCAGAGUGAAUGUCCAGAUAAACCCAUGUCUGUCUUGCCUGCCUCUGCCAUGCCACCUCCACUCGCGGUUCUUUUCCUCGUUUGCUCUUUCCACACACUCUGCUUCUCUUCUAGCGUAAGAACAUUUGCGACGUUGACUGGAGAGAUGGCUCAGUCACUGAACUGUUGUCCCAGAGGCAUAAGGGCCUCAGUUUGGAUCCCAGAACCCACAUCAAACGCUGGCCCCAGCCAUAUGCUCAGCAGCUACACACUGCAGAGGCAGGACUGGGGCUCGUUGACAGCCACCCACCCAGUCUAACUAAGUGCAGACUGCAGGUUCAGUGAGAGACCCUGUCUCAAAAGAUAAAGUGGAAAGCAGAACCGGGACAGGAGCAGAGAUUCCGUCAUCCUCUCCUGGUACUGCAGAGAAUACUGAAGGGAGAGAUCUCCGUUCAUCACGGAGGGGAAAGGACCGCAGUGGAGUGUGAGGGCUCUGUUCACGUGACAUGGGCCAGCGACAGACAAAGUGGAUCAGAACCAGAACAAAGGCUCACCCCUAGUGAUUUAAUUCUACCAGGUAGACUCCAAAACCCAGGUCCCACAACCUCCCCAAACAGCCCUGCUAGCAGGAGACCAAGUGAGAGGGACAGCCCAUGUUCAAACCUCAGCACGCCCUCCCAUACGGCAUCCUGGACUCUCCUCACCCUGUGUGGCCUCUUAACAAACGCCCUCAAGCUUGUUCUGCAGCCUGUUGCUCUAGCUGCGGAUCCAUCGUCUCCUUGACUUCACCAUGAGCAGGGGUAACUGGCAUGCCAGACUCUGCCAGAGAGUGACAAACCGCAAAGACUGAGGGGUCGGUCAGGCCUGAAUUCAUGGUGGCCUCUUGAGGGCUUGGGCCCUCCUCACAAGUUGAAUCCCUCUUCUGUCCCCUCUCUGCCUCAUUUCCAGACGCCCUAUUAGAUAACAAACUUACACAGACAGCAGUUGCUUUUGAAGGUGAUGCCAUCUAGACAGGAGCCAAUCAUCCUCAGCCUAAGGCCCACUUAACUAAUCGUGGGGUAAGUGACUAUUUGGGGGGAUAAGCCACACAGAUUUUAUUGCCAUUAGUUCAGGUUAUUGGAAUUUGAUCUUUAAAAAUUAUAUAUAUAUAUGUGUCUGCAUGUGGGAUUCUGCUUGUGAGUGCAGGCGCCUGUGGAGGCCAAAAGAGGGCGUCUGGUUCCCUUGGGGCUGGAGUAGUACCAGGUGGCUGUGACCUUCCUGUCAUGGGUGCCAGAAACUGAGCUUGGAUAGUCUGAACGAGCAGUGCAUGAAAUGUGUGCUCUCCACCACCGAGCCGUCUCUCUGCCCUAGACUGUUAGAGUUGAAGUCCUGUCAUUGCCUGGGCUCAUCCUGGCUAAGAAAGGUUGGAACAUAGACUCCCUCAAGGUCAGAAGGCUGAUUAGAGCAAGUAACUGCUCUUCAGUGGAAGCUAUCAGGAAGCAAAACAAAACUAAACAAAACAAGUUAUUUCCCUCUCUUAUUUACCUAUGCUACUCGGAUGAACUAAGGGCUUCGUGCUUUGUCAGAUCAGACAUUAGGCUAUGGUGGUUGAGAUUAGUGUUGGAGUCUCGUCUCUGCUAUUGUUGGCAGCAGGAUCUUGGAAGAGUCGCAGCCCUGUCCUGAACCUCAGUUUCCCCAUCUGCAACAAGAGGGGUUGAAUGAGAUCCCCUCCAAAUCUGUUGUGCGGUUCUUAGCAGUCGGGCUCCGUGCUUGCCCGAGACCUUCUGCUGAAUCCUCGGAUGAUCCUGUCUCUCCUCGAUCUUUUCUGCGUUCCCUAGAGGGAACAAAGAAGACUCAGCAGCGUCUAGCUAGCCCUAGCGCUCUCCCAGCUUCUAGCUCUCAGAGACCCGAAGCACAUGCAUCAAAAUAGUUGUGUGAUGUCAUGUCCAAAUGGAAUGUGCUCUGGCCAAUUGGUGCCAAGAAUUGUCUGUACAGGGUGGUUUCCUUUUACAGUCUUCUUAAAGAGACAUCACGCAGACCUGCACAUGACUAGCAGGCUGGUGCCGGCUCUGCCUACGAGGGCUCCCCUCCUGCUUUAAGUGUAAAGAGAGUAAAUAACCCGGAGCUUGUCAGUGAGCCAGUGACCUUAACUACAUAAACAGAUCCCCUGCAAGGUUCUGUUCAUGCCUCUGGUGGCUUCUUGCCUACUUAAGGACAGGCGAGGCUGACACUACCCGGAGAGGAGAGGUGCGGCCAGUCAGGACUGCUUUCUCAGGAGCCUCAGGGACCUGAGUGAGAACUGUAGAGAGAGUCCCCGUGUGGCUGCUGGGCUGGUCCUGGAGCAUGACCCUCAUCUCAUACUAAUCUUGUCUCGGACCCUCGGAGCCCACAGGCUGUGGCUGAGUUUGGCUGCCUUUCAGCGGUGGUAAGCUGCGGUUCCCAGGUAUCCCGUGCCUGCCAGCUGAUGCUGCCCCCCUUCUGGUGAGCCCCCCUUCCCCAGCUGAGACUCACACUGGUUCUUCGAGUUCUGAUAUGUUCACCUGUCACUGCCUCUGUGGCCACAGUGACUCAUGAAGCGCUUUGGAAGUCUGAGGGGCACCAAGAAACCGAAGGACCAAAACCGAAGCACCCAGCGGCGCCAGUCGGAACCCCAUGGCCUUUUUGCCUCCAGCGUCUCCUCUUCUCCAUCAACACCCACCCAAGUGACCAAGCAGCACCCAUUUCCCCUGGAGUCCUACAAGCAGGAGCCUGAACGCCCAGAAAGCCGCAUCUAUGCUUCCUCAUCCCCUCCAGACACUGGCCAGCGCUUCUGCCUGGCCUUUCAGAGCCCAGUGCGACCUCCUCUGGCAUCCCCGACAUACCAUGCUCCUUUGAGAACCGCGGCGCUGGCGGCGGCCCCGGGACCCGCGGAAGCCGGCAUGCUGGAGAAGCUGGAGUUCCAGGAGGAAGCAGAAGACUCAGAAAGUGGCGUUUAUAUGCGAUUCAUGAGGUCCCACAAGUGUUAUGACAUCGUUCCAACCAGUUCAAAGCUUGUUGUCUUCGACACUACGUUGCAAGUCAAAAAGGCCUUCUUUGCCUUGGUAGCCAACGGAGUCCGUGCAGCGCCGCUGUGGGAAAGUAAAAAGCAGAGCUUUGUAGGAAUGCUCACGAUUACAGAUUUCAUAAAUAUCCUACACAGAUACUAUAAAUCACCCAUGGUACAGAUUUAUGAAUUGGAAGAACAUAAGAUUGAAACGUGGAGGGAGUUGUACUUACAAGAAACCUUCAAGCCUUUGGUGAAUAUCUCUCCAGAUGCCAGCCUCUUCGAUGCUGUAUACUCGUUGAUCAAAAAUAAAAUCCACAGAUUGCCAGUUAUUGACCCUAUCAGUGGGAAUGCACUUUAUAUACUUACCCACAAAAGAAUCCUCAAGUUCCUCCAGCUUUUUAUGUCUGACAUGCCAAAGCCCGCCUUCAUGAAGCAGAACCUGGAUGAGCUUGGAAUCGGAACGUACCACAAUAUUGCCUUCAUUCACCCAGACACUCCCAUCAUCAAAGCCUUGAACAUCUUCGUGGAGAGACGGAUAUCCGCGUUGCCUGUGGUGGAUGAGUCAGGAAAAGUUGUAGAUAUUUAUUCCAAGUUUGAUGUAAUUAAUCUUGCUGCUGAGAAAACGUACAAUAACCUGGACAUCACAGUGACCCAGGCCCUGCAGCACCGCUCGCAGUAUUUUGAGGGUGUGGUGAAGUGCAGUAAGCUGGAAACACUGGAGACCAUCGUGGACAGGAUAGUGAGAGCCGAGGUCCAUCGGCUGGUUGUAGUGAAUGAAGCAGAUAGUAUCGUCGGUAUUAUCUCCCUGUCAGACAUCCUGCAAGCCCUGAUCCUCACACCAGCAGGUGCCAAACAGAAGGAGACAGAGACUGAAUGACCGCCGUGAAUGUAGACGCCCGCGCAGGAGAACUUGAACAAAGUCUCGGGGUCACGGUUUGCCUCAUGAACACUGGCUGCAAUAGAAGAGAGUAAAAUGGCUAAGAAUGUAUACCAGGGUUUAGCGAUGGGUAUUUUUCCAGUGAUUUGUAAGUAUAGGAAAAGAUUUUAUGUGCUUGAAGAUUCAGGCUUGCGUUCAAAGACUGUCCUCAGACCUGUCUGAAGGAUUUUCAAUGCUGUAUGUCAUUAAAGUGCACUGUGUCCUGAAA